AUGAACGCCGCCAUGAUACGAGGCAGCACUCGAGCCCUCCGAGGAGCCAUGCUUGCCCAAGUACGAACCAAGACAUCCUUGUCUCCUCCCAAUGUCGCUUCUCUCAAGGAAUUGGGCAAGUUGCAGUCCUCCUAUCCACAGGCCCAUCCCGAAAUCUUUGGCAAAAUGAAGGCUUUCUAUGCCGCAAUACCAAAGGGCCCGGCUCCCCAUACUGCACCCACCACCUUUGGCGGCAAAUACUACCAGAAAUACGUUGAAGGAGACACAUUCUGGCCAAUCUUGCACUUUAUUGCUGCUGCAUCCGCAUUCGGUUUCGUCAUUACAUACCAUGCUGGAGGAUGCAGUGCAUAUUACAAUUACAGGAAUGCUGCUGGAAGGAAUUCGCUGCUUAAUACAUCCUUCCACCCUCUUCUUGGGUCACUACCACCACCGUUACGAAUUCCAUUAAGCAAUAGUAUAAAGUGCUUGUCAUUAUCAGAAAGUGUCGAGUAA